ACUAUUUACCACUCGCGUCUGACAUAUCCCCUGUAACGUCCCUGAACCAAAGAACCCUUCACAACUCGUAGACUAGACGCCUGCAAUCCCGGCUCCGGAGUCCGGCUCCGACCGUGGUGGGGCCCCAGUCUGGCCGGCCCGCACUUGCCGUCAUCGGCCCCCCAUUCAUGCGUGUAUACCACCGCUUCGACAUAUGCCCAACCACCGAAUUUUGGGCCAUCUCCUCGCCUCCUCAUCUCUUCUUGGUACUUUCUCACCCCAGCCUCUUGUCUCAGUCCAUUGAUCGCCCGAUCUGCGGAUUGAUACGUACCCGCCAUGUCAACCCUCCAGCCCCGGCCGUCGUAUACCGACGCUGAGCUCACCACUCUCUACCCCCCUCAAUUACGCCUUCAGCAGGUCCAGAUCCUCCUCCGCCACGGCGAGCGUACUCCCAUCACAGCCCGCUUCCGCAAUACCGGUCUCCCGGCCUUCUGGCCCUACUGCUCCGCCGUCCGCCGCCUCACUAGCCCGCUCCUCGUCCCGGGUGACGCUGGGUCCCGCACUACGCAGACUCUCACUGCCCUCGAGUGGCAGCGCCGCCUCGAGACCUUCGGCUCCGAUGACGCCGCAAUUGUUGCCGCCGGCCCAGCUGCCGAGCUCGAUGCCAUCUGCGACAUGGGCAUGCUGACCGACCGCGGCCGCGAGACCACCACCUUCCUCGGCCGCCGCCUCCGCAACCUAUACGUCGACCAGCUCGGCUUCCUCCCGCCCGCCCUCGCCGACGGCGCCCCGAUCUACCUCCGGGCCACCCCCGUGCCCCGCGCCCUCGACUCUCUUCAACAGGCCCUUCACGGCCUUUAUCCGCCGGCCUCCCGCGCACCGGAUCUCCCGCCCCCGACCAUCCUCAUCCGUUCUCCUGCGGAUGAGACCCUCUUCCCCAACGACGGCAACUGUCGCCGCUUCGCCGCCCUCGCCCGUGCAUUUGCCCAGCGUGCUGCUGGCCGCUGGAACGAUUCGGAUGAGAUGGCCUUCUUGACCAAGCGCCUUGGCCGCUGGAUGCCCGAAGACAGCCCCCGUGUGGCCGUUGAUGCCCACCCACGUCUUAGUGGUGUUAUGGACAGCAUCAAUGCCACCGCCGCACACGGCCCAGCCACGAAACUCCCCAGGGAGUUUUACGACCCGGAGGUCAAGCGCAUCAUAGAGAAGAUUGGUGUCGAGGAGUGGUACGCUGGCUACAAGGAGAGUCAAGAGUACCGCACCCUUGGCAUUGGCGGUCUGCUGGGCGAUAUCGUUGCCCGCAUGGUUGGCAGCGCUGAGCACUCCUCCGCCGACGGCGAGUAUGAGCUCGCGUCCAGCAAAGGGACUAUACAGCCUGUCCGCUUCGGUAUGAGCGGCUGUCAUGACACCACACUCGCCGGUGCCCUCGCAAGCCUGGGGGCUUUCAACACUGAUAAUUGGCCCCCAUUCACCAGUCACAUUGCUAUCGAGCUUUUCCGCCGGGCUGACCGAGCUGCUUCCGCUCCUGCCACUCCUGUUCCGGCCGCCAAGUCUAGUGGGCUCUCAUCACUCUUCGGCUGGGCUACGGGCGCUGGCUCCGGCACCAGCCCGGGAUCACCACCACCGGGCAUCGGCCGCAAGAAGACCCCCGACCUGACUGACGCCGAAAAAGCACGCCUGGACGGUUACUAUGUCCGCCUGCGGUAUAACGACCACCCCGUCACCAUUCCCGGAUGUAAACCGGCCGGAAAGCACCUUGAGGGCGACGAGUCCUUCUGCACCCUGGAGGCUUUCAAGGCCAUCGUUGAUAAGUUCACACCUCUCAACUGGAAACAGCAGUGCCGCACCAACAUCAAAGACCCGGCCUUCCCAUCAAAGCCCGAGCCGGCUGGAUACUAAUCAUGUCAAAUAAACUGAAGGAAUGGGAUCAAUAAACCGCUUGGCAUUCUUUGUUGUUGGAGUUUUGGGAGUUGGCAAAACGUAUUCGCCACUGGGAACGACCUUGAUUAUUCAAAUUAUAGAGACCGGUCUUACAUAGCUAUGGAAACACGCCGACAUAGCUGCGAGUCAUUCUAGCCGUAGUUAUAGACCGCACAUGAAAAGUGAUUAUACACAUGAAAGAAUGGCCAUCGGAAGCUAUUGGGAGCUGACC